UGCUUUCCCCAAAGAUUCUCAUUCAACAAGGCAAAAUGGCGUCGAGUGCCAUUCCUACGGAGACGAAGAAAGUAACCGAUUUACGGGUUAUUGAUCUUAAAACGGAACUUAAAAGAAGGAAUUUGGAUGUCACGGGAGUGAAAAAUGUUCUAAUUGCCAGACUGAAACAGGCCAUUGAGGAGGAAGGCGAAGACCCUGAUAACAUUGAAAUUCCGCAGUCGGCUGACACGCCCACCAGGAAACACGCUAAAUCAAAAGGAAAGAAAGUGGACUCGGACACGGACAACACAAUGGAAGAGGAGUCUUAUUCCAAGGACACAGAAGAGGACGACCUUGAUAAAGAUGUAACUGAUACUGAUGAUGGUACUCGUGAAAAUUCUAAACAUCUCCCCUGUGAAGAUGGCCUCGCAGAGGCUGAACAUGUGGCGGGGAUGGAAAGCGAAGCCUCUGCCCACGAAAAAGAAGUCGAGGACGAUAACGCAUCCGUCACAAUCCAGGCAGAAGAUGCCAUCACGUUGGAUGUUGAUGGCGAUGAUCUCCUGGAAACAGGUAAACAUGUGAAACUUCCAGAUUCAGAGGCAGGCAAGGGCUGUGACGAGCCAGAGCCCUCUGCCGAGAUGAGCCUGGAGGAAGACAUGAAGCUGGAAGCGAAAGAGGGCCAUAAAGAUGGUAAGAAAGAUGACGGACUGAAGACUGACGCCACAAAGAAGGAGGGCAGAGAGGCCUCGAAGAAGGCUGAAAUGGGAGACAAAGAAAAGGAUUCUGGGAAGAAAGGCCCCUCAUCUACUGGGGCAACGGGUCAAGCAAAGAGUUCUUCAAAAGACAAAGAUGGGAAGGCUACAAAGGAUGAGAAAGGCACAAGCGGCGGAAGCACUGGGAGCUCCACUCGCAACCUGUGGGUGAGCGGCCUGUCCUCCAACACCAAAGCGGCUGACCUGAAGAACCUCUUUGGGAAAUACGGAAAGGUCAUUAGUGCUAAGGUUGUGACCAACGCCCGUAGCCCAGGAGCAAAGUGCUACGGACUUGUGACGAUGUCAUCCAGCGCCGAAGUGGCCAGGUGCAUUUCCCACAUCGACCGCACUGAACUCCACGGACAGCAGAUCUCAGUUGACCGGGUUAAAGGCGAUCCGUUCAAAAAGGACUUUUCCAAAAAAGAAGCGGAAGAAAAAUCGGGCUCCAGCAAGACAUCGGGAGAGAAACGUUCUGCCCUCGGGAUGAAGAUGGCAAGCAAAACACCAGCGUUCUCUAAAAAAGAAGAAAAGAAAUCUGAGAAGCCGUCCGACAAGGAUGGCAAGGAGGCCUCCAAGAAACUGGAGGCCAAGGGCGUGAAGGUGGAGGCGGCGUCGUCCGGGGCCGGCCUGGACGCUUCCAAAAAGGAGGAGAAGAAGCACGGACGUCCCAAGAGUCCGGGGAAGAUGGUCGUCAUAGAUCAGACCAAAAUGGACCCGGGCUUCAAUAAAAUGAGACCACCGUUCAGGAGGGGGCGCUUCGAUAAGCCGUGUUUUCCCAACAUGAUGCCUCGUCGGCCCAGAUCCUUCAUCCCUCCCGAAGAGAUGGAGAUGCUGAGGAACAAAGGCAGAAUCUUUCCCAACAAAGGAGGCGCCAAGGAGAUCCUGCCCUUCGAGAAGAUGAAGGAGCAGCGGAUGCGGGAGCGGCUGGUGCGGCUGGAGCGCAUCCGGCGGGCCAUGGAGCUGCGGAGGCGGAGGGAGAUCGCGGAGCAGGAGCGGCGGGAGAGGGAGCGCAUCCGCCUCCUGCGGGAGCGCGAGGAGCGCGAGCACCUGCUGAGGGAGCGGCAGCGGCUGGAGAUCGAGCGGCAGAAGCUGGAGCGGGAGAGGAUGGAGAGGGAGCGGCUGGAGAGGGAGAGGAUCCGCAUCGAGCAGGAGCGUCGUAAGGAGGCGGAGCGCCUGGCCAGAGAGAGGGAGGAGCUUAGGCGCCAGCAGGAGCAGCUGCGUCACGAGCAGGAGAAGAGGAACUCGCUGAAGAGGGGGCGGGACGUGGACCACAGGAGAGAUGAUCCCUAUUGGAACGGCAAUAAGAAGAUCCAGCCGGAGUCGGAGGGCAGGCUGAGUCAGGGCUCUGACUACAGCCGCCAGCAGAACCGCUUCAACGACUUCCCGCCCAGGGACAGGGGCCGCUUCCCGGAGGGGUCCUCGGUGGAGCCCAACACGUUCGAGAGGCGCAACCGCUUCGACAGCGAGCCCGACGCCAAGAAGAGCCGCCCCCCGGCCCGGAGAGAGGGCUCCGGGUUCGACCGCUACCCCAAGGGGUUCGACGCGCCGCGCCGGGCGGAGCCCCCUCCCCCUCCCCGCGGGGAGCUGCGGGACACGGACCGGCGGGAGAUCCGCGACCGCGACGAGCGCAGGACCGUCACCAUCCCCGAGCGCUCGGCCAGGGGCCGAGGGGGGCUGCCGGGCAUGUCCCACGCCCGCUCCCCCAGGGAAACCGGCCACGGGGCCUGGAAGAACGACGGCGGGAUGGCGGGCAGCAAGGGGGACAUCCGGGGAGCUGUGCGAAUACGUCCAGAGCGAUCGGGCAGGGAGGGUCCCGGGCCGGGACUCAGGGGCGCCCCCUCUGGCAGCCGGGGGAGGUCCAGCUUCAGCGGCCGAGACGGGGGCCGUCCCAUGGUGAUGGGGGAGCCGCAUUUCAGCACGGGCCGACAGGUGGUGGUGGAGCGGCACAGCAGGGACCCGGGGCCCCGCAAGGACUGGCACUCGGGGCCCGGCUCCCAUGGCGGGGACUACCACGACAGCCGGAGACUUGGAGAGAGCAGAGGCAGCAUGAUGGCUCCACACUCCAGCCAUUCCUCGUCGGGGAUGAACCGAAUCGUGCAGAUCACCAACAGUUCCCUCUCCGGAGGGAGCGGAGGCUUCAAGCCCUUCAAAGGGGCCCCAAGGAGGUUCUAGUGCCCACGCCAGGUGUCCAGACAGUUUGCAAAAUAUGACAAAAAAGUAAUUUUUAUAUAUUUCCUUUUUUUAAUUUUGAGUAAGUGUUUUAGACGGCCUGAUGAUGGCGGAGAACGGUUGAUGUAAAAAAAGAAACCAUUUUGUUUUGUAUAGAUGCGUGUAAAACUUUGUGUAGGUUUUUUUCCUAACUGUUCCUGCUGUGAAGACAAAAAAAAACAAACUGAUCCUUGCACAUACGUGUUAUAACUUCCAUUCAAGAAAGAAUUGUACAGCUUUAGUUAUUUGUAACAAGUUUUCAUAUGUAGUUUCAAAACUGCUUUCCUACCCCCGGAGGAAGUACUCUCCUGUAUGUAUAGUGGCUGUAUUACAAAGCAUUCUUUGAAAACUUGUCAUUUCAUUACGCUCCCCUUACAAUGCUUUUGAAAGUUGUUGAUAUUAAAUUAUACAUCUUG